AUGAGUGCUGAAAAAGAUGCAAAUAGUCCCUCGAGAGAUACUAAGAAUACGGAACGAACUCGAUCUGUAAAUUUUAAUAAUUUAAUUUAUGUCAAUUGUACAAGGGAACAGAAGACUUAUUUUAUGCCUAUCAACUUUUGCCUGUUGAACACCAGAUCAAUAAAUAGGAAAGAACUUUUUAUUAAUGAUUAUGUGUCUGAGAACGAUAUUGAUAUUCUAGCAGUGACUGAGACAUGGUUACGUGAGGAUGAUAAUGAAUUUUCUACUGCUGAAAUCUGCCCAACGGGGUAUCAGUUUUAUCACAUUACAAGGGAAAAUGCACGAGGUGGAGGAGUUGGUCUCUUACUGAAGAAAUAUAUUAAAGUCAAAAAACAAUCUCAGAGAAAAUUCUCUUCUUUUGAAUAUAUUGAUGUCACCUUGAACUGCCGUAAUACCUGCACCAGAAUGAUUGUCAUUUAUAGACCACCCCCAUCGAAGACUAAUAAAUUAAGCAGCUCAAUAUUUUUUGAAGAAUUCUGCAUAUUUGUGGAACAGUUGAUCAUAUUACCUGGCAAUAUAUUAAUGGCAAGAGACUUUAAUUUUCAUAUAGACAACAUUGGAGAUUCAGAUACUAUUAAAUUCAACAAGAUACUGGAAUCGUUUAAUUUACAACAGCACGUCAAUGGGCCAACCCACAAGAAAGGCCACUUAGACUUGAUUAUAACAAGGAAUGAAGAUAAAUUAGUGACUGAUAUCAGAAUACAUGAUCCAGUAAUACCAGAUCAUCUUGCCAUACAAUGUACAUUACAGUUAGAGAAACCACCAUUAGAACAAGCUGAAAUUUAUUAUCGAAAAUUAAACAAUGUAAACAUGGAUAGUUUCAAUGAAGAUCUAAAAGUACUAGAUUUAAAUGACGAUUAUGAUCUUUCAGUCCUUAUUGAUAAAUAUGAAAAUACGUUGAAAGAAACAUUACAGCAGCAUGCUCCACAAAAACGACGAAUUAUAACUCUUCGUCCUUUAUCACCAUGGUACAAUGAGGAGAUUGGUCAAGAAAAAAGAAAUCGCAGGAAACUAGAACGCCACUGGCGCGCAUCUGGACUAUGUAUUGACAGACAGUUAUAUGUCAAACAAUGUGAGACAGUGAAUGCCAUGAUAAAGAAUGCUAAGACAACAUACUACUCAUCGGUUAUUUCCAGUAAUGCACAUAAUCAGAAAGUGUUAUUUAGUACGGUUGAUAAAUUACUCCAUCGAAAGCCAGAAAAGCGCUAUCCAACUGCGUCAUCAACGACUGAACUUGUGAAUAAAUUUUCAGAUUUCUUCAAUAAUAAGAUUGCUAUUAUAUGGAAAGAACUAGCCAUCGAUUCUUCCCACUGUAAUCAGCGAAAUCAAGAGGAACAGUAUGCACAAUGCGUUAAAUUCAUUAACUUUCAAGAAGUCACGGAACAUGAGAUUGAAAAUGUUAUUGAUAAAGUUGGUAAAAAAUCUUGUGAACUUGAUCCAGUGCCCGCAAAAAUCUUUCAAGGCUGUCAGAAGACUCUCUUACCUAUAAUUACUAAGAUCAGUAAUGAGUCACUUCAGUCAGGUUGUAUGCCUGAGAUACUAAAAGAAGCCGUGUUGAAACCAAAACUAAAGAAAGAUUCGCUGGAUUACGAAGAAUACACAAAUUUCCGACCUAUUUCAAAUUUAAAAUUCCUGUCUAAAGUAAUUGAGAAGGUUGCUGCCGGUCAGCUUCUGGAACACUUGGCUAAUAACAAAUUAGAAGAACCCUUCCAGUCGGCAUAUAAACGUUUUCAUAGUGCAGAAACAACCCUAUUAAAAGUACAAAACGAUAUUCUUGUAGCCAUUGAUAAUCGUAAGUGUGUGGCGUUGCUAUUACUAGAUAUGUCAGCAGCAUUCGAUACUGUUGAUCACGAACUUUUACUACAACGAAUGUUCAAAAGAUUUGGGAUAGAUGGGCAAGUGUUGAGAUGGUUUCAGUCCUAUCUUCAGAAUAGAACGCAAAGUGUAGUGAUUGACGGUGUUAAAUCUAUCUCUAAAGACUUGCGCUGUGGAGUCCCACAAGGAUCAGUUCUCGGUCCUAUACUAUAUUUACUAUACACUUCACCCCUUGGUGAUAUCAUCAGAGGUCAUGUUCUUGAUUUUCACUUUUAUGCAGAUGACUCGCAAUUAUAUCUCGCUUUUGAGUCAACCACUGAAGGAAAAGCGGAAGCACUGGUACAAAUCGAAAUGUGUGUAAAGGAGAUUGAUUUGUGGAUGGUCAAAAAUAAAUUAAAAUUGAAUGGGGACAAGACUGAGCUACUAGUAAUCAAUGCACGAAAUCGUUUAUGCCCUGCUGUACACCAUAUAGAAAUAUCUAAGUCAAUAGUUCAACCAAGUACUUCAGCACGAAACAUCGGUGUAACCUUCGAUCAACACAUGUCCAUGGAUAAACAUAUUACCAACAUUUGCAAGAACUGUUUUUUCCAUUUGAGAAAAAUAGCAAGAAUAAAAGAGUACUUAUCAAAAUCAGAUAUCCAAACCCUAGUUCAUGCCUUUAUUACAUCGAAACUGGAUAAUUGCAACUCUUUGCUAUACAGACUACCUAAAUUUCUUAUAGAUCGGUUACAGAAUGUGCAAAACUGUGCUGCUCGUCUGGUGACAGGAAGCAGAAAAUACGACCAUGUUACUCCAUUAAUGAAACAAUUACAUUGGCUCCCCAUCAGUCAACGCAUCAUCUAUAAAAUUGUUCUUAUGACGUAUAAAUCUCUGAAUGGCUCAGCUCCACAUUACAUUAAUAAUAUGCUAAAACCUUACACACCAUCAGCAAAUUUACGCUCCUCAUCCAAAGGAUUGCUUACCAUACCUUCAGUAAAACUAGUGAACUAUGGUGAACGAUCGUUCUCAUAUGCUGCACCGAAACUGUGGAACGAACUGCCAGAGUAUAUUAGAAAGAGUGAGAUCUUGCCUAUUUUUAAAACCAGAUUAAAGACACAUCUUUUUAAACAGUAUUACGACUAAGUUAUUAUUUUAACAAGAUUAUUAGCAAUUUUAUAGUAUUCUAUAUAGUUGUUGUUUUAAUAUUAUCAACAUACAUAACAUAAAGUAAUUUUAUAUUCUUAACGAGAAGAGCAUAUAAUUAUUUUUUAGUAAUUUUAUAGUAUAGUAAUUUUAGUAGUCAAUGCAUGCACUAUGUUCUAACACUUAGUAUAUAUUUUUAACACUUGAUGUUAAGCGCUAUUGAGCUAUGGGAAAUGGCGCUAUAUAAAUGAAUUAUAAUAAUAAUAAUAAUAAUAAUAAAGACUACAGGGACCGGUUGUACGAAGCCUAUUAAACGAAGGCCGGAUUGCGCUAUCCACCGGAUAGAGAUUUUUUCAAGCUUUGUUAAAUUAGUCGUUGAUUGGUAUUAAAGUUUAGUGUUUAUAAAUUAAAUGUUUUUUAUACUUUUUGUGUGUCGUCUCUACCCGUAGUUUCACAGUUUUUCAAGCAUUUUAUAAAGUUUGAAAAACUCACUAUCCUGUGGAUAGCGCUAUAUCUGACCUUCGUACAACCGGGCCCAGAAUAAUAAUAUUCAAGACACUCAAGAUCACUCUUCGUGGAUAUUGCGUGUGUUACUAUGGUUACCGAAAAUUCACACGCAACAUCCACGUAAAUACGAAGCGCGCGAAAUUUUGGUUUUUGGCUUUUUUGUGAGGCAGUAUAAGCUGACAGUAAGUUUUUUUCCGAAAAAAAAACAACUUUAAAAUUUGUUCAAGUUUUUUGAACAUAUACUGUAUCUUUGAACGAAAAAUAAUUACACUACUAUUUGUAGAAUAUAUAUGUUUUGGGCAAAAAUAACUUCAUUUACUGAGUUUGUCACAACAAAAAAGUUUUUCGUGUUUUUUAACAGUUUUUUUUGUUUUUUACAGAUAUUUAAAAUAAUUUGGCGGAAAGGUACGACUAUAUUUUAAAAUUAUUUAUAGUAUGCUUCUUAGCUGAUGUUAAACAGCCUUUCCUUCAUGGCCAAAAACAUUCCUGUUCAAUAUCAAGAUAAAAAUUUAUUCAAUAUUAGUUUUAAUACAUGCACUGGAAGUGGAGAUGUUGUAUUUUAUUAAUGAUUUCCUUUAAUAUUUUCUUUUAUAAUUAUAGCAAAGAUUUAACAACCACAAAAGCAAGUUGCUCCAAUUUUUUGAAUAAGCGAAUAAAACCAUAUUGAACAUAUACGUGUAGGUGUAGCUUGGACUUAUAAACUUAGCUAUUUCAACUAAUCCCUAUAUUAUAUCUAUUUUAUUUUUGGUGGAAUUACCAGAACUGGACGACUCUGCUAUUCUUGGUAUGCAUAUUACAAUAAAUAUGCGGUAUAAUAUCUACUUUUUGGUUUUAUAUAAAGCAACAUUCGUUCUAGCUGGUUGGACCUCACAUAAAAUUAAAUGGACUUACAACUAAUAUUAAAUAGUUGUGAACAGAGGCCAGCUGUGACCAAUUGUUUGCUUACAGUUGUACAGAGGUAUAUUUGUAACCUCGAGGUAUAUUUGUGAGCUCGAGGUAUAUUUUUGUGACCAAUAUUCCAGUGACCAUGCAGAGGUAAAGUUGUGAUCAAUUGCUUGGCGAAAACCCUCUUGGCCGGCCACAAUGAAAUAUUCUCUCAUGUAAACAUGUUAAAAUUCAACCCAAUUACCCAGUGAGUACCAUGUAGUUGUAGAUUAUCUUCUCCUACAGUAGCUACAAUGUAAUAAAGUGUAUACUGACAAUUUCAUUUUACAGAGCAGCGUUAUAACAUUCUACGGAUUAUCAAUUUGCAAUAUCAUGCAUGUGACACAGUAACCUCAUCUUUAACCUUCUAACACAACAUCUUUUAUUUUAGACGUUCAUGUUGAUGAUGGUAAGAAUUCAGUUAUAUAUUUAAAACACAAAUUCUUAAAGCUAGGUCAUUCUGUUUGAGAAAUAAUAAAAUCUGAAGUACUCAAUUGACAAGAAAGGAUUAACUUUCAAUUAUUUUCUCCAUGGUAGAGUUGUGAAUGUUUUCUAGAAUAAUAUAAUAAUGAUUAAUAAUUAAGAAUAUAUUAUGUACAAUAUAUUACAGAUUAAGUAUAUUACAGAUUUCUUAUGAAUAUUUGCAACAUUUUUUUCUAAUUAACUAUAGAAAGUGAAGUCGAAGAGGAUGAAGGAGAGGUCCAGCCAUGUAAGUUAACUUUAUUAAACAAUAUGUUCAGUAUGGUUCAAUCAUACUUAUAAUUAUAUUAUUACUUCUACAAUAAGGUGCUGAUUUUAUUUCAGUGAAUGAACAACCUCGACAAGAAGAUGCAAAUGGUAUGGUUCUAAUGUUGAUAUACUUACAUACCUAUAUCUGUGAUAUGUAAUUUGGUCUAACUACAGUUAGUACUAUUUUUUUAGUUCAAGAACGACAACAACGUCCACGGCACAUAUAUACAAACUAAUUCAAACUAAUCAUAUAUAUAUACAUAUAUACAUAUACAUAUAUAUAUAUAUAUAUAUAUAUAUAUAUAUAUAUAUAUAUAUAUAUAUAUAUAUAUAUAUAUAUAUAUAUAUAUAUAUAUAUAUAUAUAUAUAUAUAUAUAUAUAUAUAUAUAUAUAUAUAUAUAUAUAUAUAUAUAUAUAUAUAUAUAUAUUUAACACAUUUUAUAACGUUUUACACCCAUUAAACAUAGCCAUUUUUUGUAUAUUUUGCGAGGUUUCGAAAAGGGGUCGCUUAAAAAAUUCCAUAAUAAAAUAACAAUUACACUUAAGAUCGUGAUAACAGUCUGAUAGUAAACUCUAAUAGUACCUUGAAACAUGUUAGGAAUAUGGGGUUCAUCGGUUUCAUAUUUAUCCGUCAGUCCUUUCAUAAAGUUGGGUUAAAUGUCAGCUGGUUUGAGCGUGAAAAUUACCUCAUUGCCCGCGAAAUCAAGAUUUUGUAAAAAUCUUACGAAAAAGGAAUCGCAGCAGCUUUUUAGUAUUUUUUCCAUUGUAGGAACACUAAAUGGGUUGAUUUGGUGAAAUAAAAAAAAAUUCGAUUUUUUUCAUUUGACUUGAGAUUCUCGGUUUUUACAGGCAGUUGCUCUUAAGAUAUUUAAUUUCUAAAAAAAUGUUAGGAGGUAUUAAGUAGUCCACUUCUUAUAUAAAAGCUUUCUUACUGAAUUUUUAAACAUUUUCAUGAUCAGACCAGAAAUAUCUUUCAUCUCUUUCGGUCAUAUAUUAUAUGGCAUAUGGUAAUGAAGGUCAUAGGGGAGAAAGUGGUGACCAUGCUUGCAGUUAAGUGAUGAGGAUGAAAGUGACGAGGACGAAAUCACCCAUGCAUGCUGUACCAUUCAAGUGCACCGGUGUUGCUCAUGAGAAAAACUACCAACAUUAUUUGGAACAGGCAUCCCUUGCUCUCCAUGCAUGGAAAAGAUAAACCAGUGAAUGUAAGAAUACGGCCAGACUCAUUGAAUCCAUGCAAUGGAUCCAAGUGCAAUUGCAAUUGGUUAGAUUGUUUCUGAACUAUUCGAGUAUUUGCAGCCACUAAUUGUCGCAGGAGAUAUCUUACAGGUCUAUGUUCAGCAUAUCAAGUAUAGGGUUGGCUUUUUUAAAUAGGAUUUUAUCCAAACAUUUUCAUAAAGUGACGUGGUGAGUGUUAGACUCAAGGGGUAAGGAAGAGCAUGAGUGUACGUUGACAGAUGUUUGUGAUAUAAUAGCAACUGACUAGCUAGUUACUGAUAUAAUAGCAACUUUUUAGAUUAUUUGCAGCAUUUUUAAACAAAAACUAGGUUAAUCAUAAGUGGGUGCAAUUAAAACAAUAUCUGUCAUGCACACUCAUGCAAUUAAGUACAUAAUUGUAACAUGUGCUGUACUAAAUGAAUAAAUAAAUAGUUUAUACAUUCACUUGACCAAAUUUGUAAGUAAUUUUUCAUUAAAAAUAAUGCAACAAUAAAACAAAAAUAUGUCUAUUUAUAUACAUAUUGAUCAAAGGUCCCACAAUAACAUGCUGCUAAAACUUUGUGAAUUGUGGUACAUUACAUGAGAAUACAAAAAAAAAACUGCAUAUAAUUGCACCUAUCAAAGUUAAGCCUAUGUGGGGUAUUUGAUCAUCAAUUGCAUCCCCACCCUGGGGGAUUUUCAUUAGCAUUUUGGGCCCAAGUUAGGGUAAUUUGAACCAAAAUUACUUUUAUUAAUAUAGUAUUUAUUGCAAUUUAUUGCAAAAUGGUGGGGUAUUUGACCAAUACUUAUUGCCCGACAGUGGGGCAUUUGAUUGAAAAUUUGCUGAAAAAAUCAAAUGCCAAACAUAUGCCCGAACCCCCUCUCCCUCUUUGGGGCUUAACAUUGAAAGAACCACCAUUUCUCAAACUUUAUCUGAAUUAGUUGUGUAACAGCAUUACAAAAUACUGUUAAAAAAAGGCCAAGUGGCCCUUCACUGCUAUAAAGGGCAUUCUAUCCAAUGGCAUUCUUGGACCAACAUCUCUAUAUGGCGUUGUUCUCCAAAGCAUCGAGCAGCGCGAUAAUCAGAUUGUCUUUUUGACCAGCAUGAAGUACCGAUACAGCCUUGGCAACAAGUGGGGGGAAUUUUGAGGGACAAAUUUAGCAUCUAAACCAGGGUUAACUUUUACCAGCCAUUUUUGAGACAGGUGGAUGAGUAGUUGUUCUCGUUGUUGCUGAGUUAGUUUUGAAAAUCAAGAGUAUCAAUAGCAUUACCAGGGAGGUGAACAAGGUCUUGGUCACUUGAUGGAGGCAAUCUUAGCAUCGGAGAUCUUGCAGAUGUCGAAGGUCUGUACAGAUUGGAAUUAAGGACCGGUAUUACCUCCAAAUUUAAUGAUGAUGCUUAAUUCUUGCAGACAAAAUCAUUGACAGAAAUAGACUCCAGCCAAUAUCACGAAUCUCGAAUCUAAAACAUCAGCCAAACAAUAAAUUGUACUUAUAAAAUAUUGUUACAGAAGUGCUUUAAUUAUUUACAUAUACAUAUUUAUAUAUAUUCCGUAUAAUAGGUUAAUUGCAAGUAAUAAUAAACCAGACUGGUCUGAUAGUUUAGAGAUUAUUGCCCUCGAAUUGGAAUUGAUAAACUCCAAGAAAUGUCUUGUGUGUGUUUGUUACCGACCACCUAGCUGUAACUUAGUUGAAUGGCUCCAUUUGUUCACGGCAUUUUUGGAUGAAACCACCCACUACGACAAAGUUUUAAUCUCUGGUGAUUUUAACUUCCCCGAUCUAACUUGGAACUCGAACUUUGUGCCUGUUAUUUCAGAAAGAAUUAUUUCUGCUGGGUCUUCUGAAUUCAGAGAACUAAGUUAUGAUUUUUUCUUACAUCAAGUGAAUAUGUAUCCGACCAGAGUUAACAACAUUUUGGACCUUGUGCUAACAACCACUCCUGACAACAUUGUUAAUAUGUCUUGUGUUUCAGCCAACACAAUGGACCUCUCUAGUGACCACCACCUAAUGUUCUUCGACUUUUUACUACAUGUAAAAUUAACAGGACUUGACAGGAGAACUGUGUUCAACUUUCACUUGGCUGACUGGAAUGGGCUACAAAGAGCACUUGAUCAGUAUGAUUUAUCACCUAGUAAGUCCACUGAUAUCAACACUGAUUGGGAGCAAUGGAAAGAUUUUUUCCUCAGUGUUGCUGCUGAGCAUAUCCCACUCAAAACAUUUAAGCGGCGUAACACUCCUCCGUGGUUUGAUGGUGAAGUGAGGCGUCUUCUCUCAAAAAAGGACUCGUGCAGGAGAAAAGCCAAAACGUACGUCGUGUCCUAGACUCUGGGAAAAAUUUCGUAUACUUCGACGAUCAGCUAAGUCUUUAGUUAGAGCCAAACGUACGCAGUACUUUCACUCUCUUCCAUCAUUGUUAAGGUCAAACAGCAAAAAGUUCUGGUCAGUGUUUAAAUCCACUUCUAAACACUCGAACAUUCCUGGAAAAAUGACAUGGACUCGACAGGACUCUUCUUCCACAACAGCUGAGACUCCAAUCGACAUAGCCAACCUGUUAAAUCGUUAUUUCUACUCUGUGUUUAAUCCGUCAUGCGAUUCCACUCAUGGCCUUCCCAUUCCUGUCGACGAUAAUUCGAUUAAUCUGACAACCAUCGCAGAUCUUGAGUUAACUGAAGGAGAAGUAUGCUCUGUACUAAGAACUCUCGACGUUGACAAAGCAACUGGUCCUGACAAAAUACCGGCGGUAUUGCUAAAAAACUGCGCAGCUAGCGUCAGUCCAUCUUUAUGUGAACUUUUCAACAAGAGUUUAUCUUGUGGAAAACUGCCGCAGGAGUGGAAACUGUCCAAUAUUAGUCCAAUUCCAAAGAAAAAUCCUUCACAUGAAGUCUCGAACUACAGACCAAUAUCACUUUUGUCUUUGGUCUCAAAGGUGUUUGCACGUUGUAUCUACAACAGAAUAAUUGACCACCUCUCAAAUCAACUCUAUUGCCUACAAUACGGUUUUCAAAGCGGCAAGUCUACAACAUCACAAAUGCUAUAUGUUCUUCGCGAGAUCCACAACAUCUUAGAGAAAAGAGCUCAAGUUGACACUGUCUAUCUUGAUUUCGCGAAAGCUUUUGACAAAGUCAGCCAUGAUCUCUUACUCGUGAAGCUUCACAACUUUGGCAUCAGAGGAAAUCUUCUUCGCUGGUUCGGGGACUAUCUUUCUGGGCGAUUACAGAGAGUUACUGUUCUUGGUGUAACAUUUGAACCACUUCCAGUGCUAUCUGGAGUUCCUCAGGGAUCAAUCCUUGGACCACUCCUUUUCCUUAUUUAUGUGAACGAUCUUCCCAAGGCUACCUCAUUCGAUACUACCGUGACAAUGUUCGCAGACGACACCAAAUGCCACCGCCCUCUUCGAAAUUUCCAAGACACCAAAAUUCUGCAACAAGACCUGGAUAAGAUUACCAACUGGUGUCAUGAUUGGAGGAUGGAUUUAAAUCAAACCAAGUGUGUAGUCAUGCAUUUUUCCCGAAUUCUUCGACCGACGAUCACACAGUACACUCUAUCAGGUACUCCAGUCCAACAAUCGUCCAGUCAAAAAGAUCUUGGCAUAAUUACCACUAGCGAUCUAAAAUGGAACAAGCAGGUGCAAGAGAUAUCGACCAAAGCUAACAAAAUGUUAGGUUUCGUCAAGCGAACAGCGUUCGAUAUUCGGCAGCGACAACUUCGUAAGGUUCUUUACUUGACUAUGGUCCGUAGUCAGCUGGCUUAUGGUAGUCAAGUGUGGGCACCCCAGACGGUCAACAACAUCAUGAUCGUUGAACGUGUGCAGCGCCAUGCCACUAAAUUUAUUUUGGCAUUGCCAUACCAAACAGACAUCUCGUACAAGGAACGAUUGAUCACCAUCGGCAUCAUCCCUAUAUGUUACUGGCAUGAGUAUUUGGAUCUGGUGUAUCUGUACAAGUGCAUCAUUUCUAACUCUGACAGAAACAUCUCCAUCAAGACUCCUGCUCGAGAAACACGAAAUACCAACGCAACCAAUGGCAUUUUACUCGAAGUAGCCAAGUAUAAGACAGUGAGCUAUCAAAACAGCUUCUACAUCAGAGUUGCCAAUGUGUGGAACACACUCCCCUACUCGAUCAGAGAAGCCAACAAAACCGUGGUCUUUUUUAAAUUUUGUUUAAUGAAACAUUAUAAUAAUCUCACUAAGGAAAUUUACAAUCUCGAAGAUCUGAGAACAUUUAAGUCUGUUUGUGUGAAGUGUCACACAACUCGCCCAUUGAGCAGCUUGUCCAAUCGAUCUUGUUGCUAAAUUUAUUCAUGUCUGUCUGUUUGUCUGUAAGUUUGUUAUUGUUUAUACUUGUAUUUUAAAUGUUUUGGAAUGCCGUUAUUGGAGAUCGAACUAAUAAUCUCUGUGUGGUAAUUCCAGCCAUGUAGCCUAUUUUGUAAUUAAUUUUAUGUAAUAUAGUGUAUUGUGUUCAAUGGCAAAAUCUGUAAAAAAAAUGUAAAAUAUACUUUAACUGCAAUAUAUACACUCCAUAAUAUAUCGAAACUUCUAUAGUAUUAAAGUAUAUCACAUUUCUUUGGAAAAAAGUGAGUAUAGCAGUUCAUUAUCGAUCUGAGCGACAAGGCAGCAUAUUUUACAAAGGGCUAUAUUCAACGGUGAAUAUCUCGAAAACGAUUGCGUGGUUGGGGACGGUUGGAUAGAAUAAAAGAUUGUACUUUUUUAACUAAUCGUGAAAAAAAUAGCGAAAUCGAACCAUGGAAAUUUGAGAUUUUUGUCUUCAAAAUAUUGUUUAAAGAAACGACAUUAAAUUACAUCGCGACGGCAUAGCGCCUAAGUGAGAGGUCAAAAUUAACUGGAAAAUGACGCUUACCUUUCAAGAUACUGUUCCAAUGGGUAGACUGACUGUUGUAAAUAUAGUUCCCCAAGAAAUUUGCCAAGAAAUUCCCCAAGAAAUGUGCAUAACAAUAUGAAAAAAUCGAUAUUUAUGGGCCCUAUGUAAAUUUUCGGUAACACAAGCUUGAUGCGAGAUUUUCGCCCAGAUUCGCCUAAUAGGUUGUCCGACCUCCUCUGGGCAGAGCUAGAUCUUUUAAAAACUUGAAUGUCAUAACUGCGUCGUUAUAACGCAGCAUAUAACAAACAGGUAACCAGAUAAGUUGACGCAAUGCAGGGGUUAUACGGUCAUAUUUAUGCGUUCCAGGAACGAUUCUCGCAGCAAAGUUUUGCACACUUUGUAGUUUGGCGAUGUUUUUGUUGGAAGCGUUCGCCCACACAGAUGAGGAGUAGUAUAAUUUGCUGAAAAUUGAAGCGUUUAUUAGCCUACCGUUUUCAGAUAGUACAAUCGCCUAAAAUAUAUGUUAAAUAAUUCUAUUUAUUUGACACCGAGACUGACAUGCAUUUUGAAAAUAAUUUUGUUAUGUUCUCGUCAUAACUCAUGCAGUCAUUCAUCCAAUUCCAUCCUCAGAGUUCCCCAGGUCCUUUACAGAAGACACCGGUUGUGUUUUUUUAUCAAGAAAAGUCACUCGACUAAUGAAAACAACUGCGAGCAGUGGUAAAAAAGUCCGAAGAUUCGGCGCAAGCUGAACAUUUCUUGUUAUGAUACUGAAUAUAUAACAUCAUAAGUUGACAACAUAAUUAACCGAUGACAACCGUGCAUAGUGCAUGCGCAUAUAUUCACCAACAUUAACUUUGCUAGCGUGUACACGCCGGGUCAGCAAGCAAUGAUUUUCGGCAGUUUGCAUGUCAUUAAAAAUUGCGCGAAUUUUCCGUGUUUUACCAAGGAGAAUGGUAACGAAUUAAUUAGUCAUCGUUUUUUCUUUCGCUGAGGCUCAUGGUAUUGUCUGGGUCGAAAGUGAACAGCAAAUAUGGAAAGGAGAUGCUUCAAGGAUCAUUUUAAUACCAAAUAGUGGCCGUAAACCCACGAGAAAUAAUAGAAUAUUUCGCCUUUUUGAGGACUAAAAUGGACGAUACUGCACAGUUUGUGAAAUUCAACUAGUUUUCUCUCGGAUAAAAUUUGGCAUCCUUUGUCAAUCCUUGAAGAAUUGUAUUUGUAAAGCAACUUAAGACCUCUGGUGAGCAUCGUAUGAUUUUUGUUUGUAAAAUUUUGUCUCCGUUUGAGAGUAACAGGACCUGAUACUUAGUUGUUUUCCUUGUGUUAUUCAUAAAGGAUUCGCAGAUGCACAGAAGUCGCAUUUAAAAGAUUUCCAAAGAAAAUGCCUAAUACCAAAGAUAAACGUUUUAACAUUGCAAUGUAUAUGAAAGAAAGGAAAGAAGCAAGGUUUAAAGCUGUUCUAAAUCAUCGAUCGCUAGCGUUGGAGCACAAGAAAAGCGAGAGAAUUCAAGCCAAGGUAUAGUAACCUAAGCAAUGUAUUUGUUAUUCAGAUAUUAACAUUCUAUUUACUAUCAGUAAAUGUUUAACUUUGUUAUUAAUAUAAACAUUUACCUUUAUGCAGAUUGUAAAAGCAAAGGAAAAAACAGCUGCUUUGACAUCUGAUUUGGAAAACAAUAUGGUGAGUUUCUGCGACAAAUCAAAUCAUGUGGUAUAGUAGGAUUAAACCCAUUAAGCCGUAAUAUGUCUAUAUUUUGUUAUUUUACUCUGUCUAAUGCCAGAUGAUUUUACUCAUCAAGGUGAAAAUAUUGGACAUUAACCCAUUAUGCCCCAGCGCUCUCCCCUUGACUAGGAAAAUCGUCUGGCAUUAGACAGAGUAAAAUACUAAAGUAGAUGCAUCAGGGUGCAAUGCGACUCAAUGGGUUAACUAGACACAUGGGCAGAUAGGCCAGUUAACACAUUAAGCGCCAGCGUUUUCCCCUUGACGAGUAAAAUCGUCUGGCGUUAAACAGAGUAAAAUACUAAACUAAGGUGCAUCAGGGUGCAAUGCGACUCAAUGGGUUAACUGGUAAAUUACAGAAGCAUAUUUUGGUUCAUCUAUGCAUUUUACAAUUUACAUUAUAAUAUAGCAUUUGUAAAUUCUGAACGCUGAUUGGCUAAGAGCCGUGUUGAUAUAACUCAAUGUCAACACGGGAAAUUUUCCGCCGCUUGUAAACACGGAAUUUUUUCCUAUCCUUCGGGCUUUUGACAUUGCUAUAUUAUAAAAAAAUAUAAAACAUUUUUUCCGUGUUGAUAUAUAGUUAUAUCAACACUCGUGGAAGUUGGGAAAACUCGAAAUUGUAUGGAAACACGAUGCCUGAAGGGCGUGUCCCAAUUCCACUCGUGUUGAUAUAAAUGUAUAUCAACACGGAAAAUGUUUUAUAUUUGUUAAAUAACAGUCAACUAUUUACAUGCACAGGUAAUAUAUACUGUAAAUUUAAGUAAUGAUAUAAAAGAUUCUGGACUUUCAUGCAAGAAAUACCCCGUCAGAUAAACAAUUAUGAUUUUCGAACACUUUUUUCAGGUUUUUUACAAUUUUAUUAUUUAACGACAAUACCAGUACUGCUAAUAUAUUGCCUGCCUGUGCAGUUCAACUAUUUUGGCCUUGUUAUUUUGGCUCGGCAACAAUGGCUUCAAUUACCUCUAGUAUAAUUUGUUCGUGAUGGUAAGUGGGAUUUGAGAUGGGCCGUGACCAUUUGAUGAUCCUAAUUAAUUUGUAUUGUUAUCCCUGUAAUUCUGAGACAAGAACAAGAAAAGCUACGACAUUGGAGAAUGGGGUAUCAAAUAUGCCAGUUCGAACAGCAACAAAAAGGAGGCGGGAAACCAUGACAGCGGUAUCAGCAAUCCAUGGUGCAUCCAAAAAGAAUUUAAAGCCUGCUUAUGAUGGGAUGUUCGACACCCUCCAGAAACGAUGCAAGAUGAAAGAUUUAACAAAUUAUGUAUUAAGUAAUGAGAAUUUAACUAAAACUGUAGUUUCUGAACAUUACAAAAAAGAGUUGAAAGAUUUUGAAAAAUCAAAAGAAAAUGCGGAAAGGAGUAUUGCUACAUUUUACUCAAGUGGUGUCAUGGGCAAGAGAAAAUAUCAAAGUGUUAGGCUUGUGCUUUCAAUGACAUCAAGCGAACAAGGUGGGAGAACGGGCAUAUCAAUUUUUCCAGGCUGCAAGGUACCCAAAAUAUUAACAUAUAAUAACCUUGUAAGAGAGUUGAACAAAAUUGAUAUUGGAAAUGUUUUGGAAAUCAAUAACGAGUACCUCAGUGACUUAGAAAUAGAUGCACCCAUCAAUGGCGCAUACAGAGAUCUAAGAGAGUACUUGCCACGUUUAGCUAAGUUCUAUUUGAGUACCGAUAGAAAACAUGCUUUAGAAUGGUACGGUAAAACUGAGGGUACAUUUUUAAUAGCACUAGGAGGGGAUGGUUGCCCAUUUGGGAAACAUGAAAGUGCCUGUUCAUUUUUAGUUAGUUUCCUUAAUGUUGGUCGAAAG